AAAGAAGUACAGGAAUUCACAAAGUUAUUAGAGAAACAGGAAGUAGAGUUGAAGAACUUGAGAGUACAAAUUCAGGAAGAAGGAACAAAAAAUAUAGAAUUGCAGGGGAUUUCUAAUUCCCAAAGAGAAAAGGAAAUGGAAUUAUAUCAGAUGGUGAAGGAGAGGGAAUUGGAGAAAGAACGACUACAGGCUUCAUUAGACACUAAUAAAUCCACCAUAAUAGAAAUGCAGAAGGAAAUUUCUGAUCUUAACAGCAGACGUCUAGAACUUGAAGGACGUUUACAUGGUGCUGAGAGUGAACGAGAUAGUCUGAAUGAAAGGCUCAGACUGACACUGCAGCAGAUGGAAGAGAGAACCAGAGGUGAUGGAGAGAGUAGUACUGAAAAAGAAUUGGAAAAUCAGUUGCGAGACGAUGUAAAGACCAAAACCUCAAGAAUUAACCAGUUGGAGGAAGAGUUAGCUGAACAGCAGGCUUUGAAUGCUGAAGUUAGACAGGAUCUUAGUGAGCAGGUUUCCAAGUAUCAGGCACAGAUUCAGGAGCUGCAAGGGGAGAAGGCGGCAUUACAGAAUUCAAAUGGUGACGUUAAAAGUACAUCAGAUUCUGAAGAAGUUGUUGCUACUGUCAAGAAGGUUAUGAACACAGUAUUUCGAACUCUUAAACCCCAGUUUACAGAAAAGGAAUCGUACUCUGGGGCAUUUGUCAAUCAGACGCUUCUCGCAGUUAUAAGGGAUGUAACUUUGCAGUUACUUGAAGGAAUAGAUAAGAAGAGUAACAUAGAAGAAAAAUCCCCAGAGUCAAAAACUACUGCCAGUGCGGAGGAGAGAGGUAAUGGUGUUUGUAAUGUAGGUAAUGUACUAGCAGUCCAUGGUCCCAAGCUGUCUGAAACCAUUUCAGCAGCAUGUAACUCUGUAGAUGAUGCUAGUCCUAUUAGAUAUAAGAAUGAUGGAGACUGUGAACAAACAAUUCAUAUAGAUGAGAGAGAUGAGGUUGUACAUACGGAAAGAUUGAAAGAUGCUGUAGGUGAGGAAGUGGACAGGGAAUGCAUAGUUAAAAAUGAUUAUAACAGGGAAGUUGACUCAGAAGAUAUGGAAAACAGGACAGAUGCUAGUUCUUCAGAGGGAGAGUACACUGAUGCCAGUGAUAGACAGUUCUCCCCUAAGAAUUCUGUUAGCAGUAGUGAUAGUGUUAGUUAUGACUGUGAGCAAUCAAUUAAUGCAGUUAGCUUGGAAAGUGGUACUGAAAAAGAAGUUUCAGUUGGCUUAAGUCAGCAAAUUUCAGAAGUGGAUAGUGCACCCCAUCCACACACAAAUCAAAUCAGGGCUCAAAGAACCCCCGUCAUCGAUAUGCAGAGCACAGAAGCCGUGACAGUUUCCCUUGAAAAGUCGGAUAGUUCAAGAGACUCAUCUUUAGAUAGGGUAAGUGAUGAAUUGUUUGAAGAACAGAAUUGGAUUUCUUAGCAUUUUUGAGUGAUGGGUGUUUUGUCAUUAACUUUUUUGGUGAUGCUUUUCUUCACUUGAUGUGCAUGUAUGUCAUGUGGUAGAAUAGUUGGAAUGCUUAAUGUCCAGAGGGAAUAAUAUAUAAAAGACCCUUUUAACAUAUAACAUUCUCGUUAACCCCUUUAAAGAUUAACAGUUGAUUUUAAGAGCUUAGAAUAUUAAAUGGAAGUGGAUGCACUUUAGGUUGUGUGGAUAAUUUUCAUGGUUGUGCUGAAGUCAAGUGAUUAGUUGAUUGUUUAGGGGGUGGAAUAGUGCUUUCUAGUAAUUAUUUUAGAAAGAAACAAUUUCAUUUUGUACCAAAGAAAACCCAUUACUUGUAUGAUACCAUGAGUUCAUGUCUGUACUGUCACCAGACACAUUACUGAAACAAGAGUACAACCGAAUCUGAUAACAACAACAUCCGUUUUGCUUGUAUUUUAACCAUCGCACAAUAGUAAACAGUUACUGUAGUUAUGUUAUAAAUGAUGUUAUGUAGAAGAGUACUGAUAUCAUUUUACGUAAUAACUUUACUUGUUAUGAAUACAAAAUUGUCAAGGAAAUAUACUGUUGAAUUUAGACUGAAAGUUGUAGCUGAAGGUGAGAAAAUAAUGAAUUCGUGCUGCUAAUAACUAUUAUUGUGCAUCGGCAACAUGGGUAAAACUCCCAAACUUCAAUAUGAAUUCAAACACAUACGUAGAUAAAACUGAGAGAAAAUUAAUUUAAUCAACACUAAUGGGCAUGAAAGCGCACAUUUUACCGUUGUUUUCACACUGAUAAAAGAUAACGUAAAGCUCAUAUUACGAUGAAAAAAAGUGAAAAUAACGAACAGAAUUGCUGGAUUUUUAGCAAUCUGUUAACUAAGGAAAUAAUUGGGUUCACAAUGAGACAUAUUAAAGUCUGUGGUCCGAAAGUUCCACCCACGAAAAUUCCACACAUGAAAAUUCCUCCCAGAAAAUUCCACCCAUGGAAAAUUCCACCCACGAAAAUGUCACCCUUCGAAAAUUUUAUCUAAUAAAAUUUUCUCAUCUUCAGUCUCUCUUGCCCCUUCUUCUUUCUGUUUAAUUAAAUUAAACAACCAUCAUUGUUAAACAACCAUCACAAUUAAACAACCACCAUCAUUACAUA